CCCUGUUCCCGGCUGUCCCAGUCCCUGGAGGACUGCCCACUGGACGAGGAUGAAGAUGCCUUCCAGGCCCUGGGGGAGGAGGACGAAGACAUCGACCAGUUCAACGAUGACACCUUCGGGGCCGGGGCCGUCGAUGACGACUGGCAGGAGGCCCACGAGCGGCUGGCGGAGCUGGAGGACAAGGCCGGGCUGAGCCGGGAGCCGGACGGGCCCGUUGGGAAUGACGGGGACGUUCUGGGCGACCCCGAGGACGCGCUGGCCGAGCGGCUCACGCGCCUCGUCAUCGACAGCGAGCUGGAGGACCCGGCCAUCAUGCAGGCCGUGCACACCAGGGAUCCCCCGCAGCAGCCUGGAGGGCUGAAUUCCAGCAUCUGGGACAGCUCGGCCGUGCUGCGGCGGAUCCGGGGGCCGCUCCUCGCUCAGGACAUGCCAUCGGUGUCCGUGCUGGAUUAUGCCCUGCCCCAGAGGCCUCCGCAGGCUCGGGAUGAGGAGCGGGAUCCAUCGGAGCGGGCGCUGCCCCGGCGCUCCUCGUCCCCCAUCAUCGGGAGCCCCCCAGUGCGGGCCGUUCCCAUUGGCACCCCCCCCAAACAGGCCGCCAUCCCAAACUUCAACCAGCAGAUCCUGUGUCCCAAGCCUGUCCACAUCCGAGCUACCAUGCAGCAGCGUUAUCCCACUGCCUAUGGAGAGAGGAUGUCCCCCAACCAGCUCUGCAAUGUUCCGAAUUCCUCCCUCCUGGGUCACCCAUUCCCCCACAGCGUCUCUCCUGUUCUCACACACCUGCAGAGAGCCCAGCUACUCGGAGGAGCCCAGGCUGGCCGAAUGUCCCCCAGCCAGUUUGCCCGGGUGUCGGGGCUGGUGGGGAGCCCGCUGCCCUCCGUGAAUCCCAAGCUGCUGCAGGGCAGAGUUGGGCAGAUGAUGUCCCCGGCCGGAGGGUUCCGUGCCUUUUUCGGGGCUCCCCCUGCCCCGCCCCCCUCGCAGCUGCCGCACCCUCCGGGCCCCGGAUCCCACCUGCAGAACCUGAGGCCGCAGCCCCACAUGUUCCGGCCGGACACGACCCAUCUGCACCCGCAGCACCGCCGGCUCCUGCACCAGCGGCAGCAGAACCGCAACCAGCACCGGAGCCUCAACGGCUCUGGGGGGGACCGAGGGGGCCACCGGAGCAGCCAUCAGGAGCAGAUCCGUAAGGAUCCCUAUGCCAACCUCAUGUUGCAGCGGGAAAAGGACUGGGUGUCCAAGAUCCAGAUGAUGCAGCUGCAGAGCACUGAUCCCUACCUGGAUGAUUAUUAUUAUCAGAAUUACUUCCAGAAGCUGGAGAAAUUAGCAGCUGCCGAGGAAGUGCACGGGGAUGGUCCCAAGAAGGAGCGCACUAAACUCAUCACCCCUCAGGUGGCCAAGCUGGAACACACCUACAAGCCAGUGCAGUUUGAGGGCUCGCUGGGAAAACUCACCGUCUCCAGUGUCAACAACCCCCGGAAGAUGAUCGACGCCGUGGUGACAUCCCGCAGCGAGGAUGAUGAGACGAAGGAGAAGCAGGUCCGGGAUAAGAGGCGACAGACCCUCGUCACCAUUGAGAAGACGUACAGCCUCCUCCUGGACGUGGAGGACUACGAGCGCCGCUACCUCCUGAGCCUGGAAGGGGAGCGGCCAGCCCUGAUGGGAGAGAGGAAGCAGAAGAUCUGUGACAUGUAUGACAAUCUGAGGGGAAAAGCACCUGGGCAGGACAGGCCGAGUGAUGACCACUUCAUGCAGAUCAUGUGCAUCCGGAAAGGAAAGCGCCUGGUGGCUCGGAUCCUUCCCUUCCUGUCUCCAGAGCAAGCGGCCGACGUGCUCAUGGCCACGGCCAGGAACCUGCCCUUCCUCAUCAAGAAGGAUGCUCAGGAUGAGGUGCUUCCCUGCCUCCUGAGGCCCUUUUCCCACGUCCUCUACCACCUUCCCUUGGGAACAGUCACCAGCCUUGUGCAGCAGCUCACGAACCUACCUCAGAGCGCCUCCGCUCCCACCAACCUGCACCUCACUGCUGUGCUCCAAAACAAGUUCGGUCUGUCCCUGCUGUACCUGGUCCUGAGCCGAGGGGAGGAAUUGCAAAGCUCGGACACGAACGCAGAGCUGAUGCAGGACAACCAAUGGACGGAGCUGAUGCUGAUGGCGACCCGGGAGCUCCUGCGGAUCCCUCAGGGAGCCCUGGCAAAGCCUGUGUCCAUCCCCUCCAACUUGAUCUCCCUCUUCUCUCGCUACGUUGACCAGCAGAAGCUGAACCUGCUGGAGACGAAAUUGCACUUAGUGCAGGGGAUCCGGUAGAUCUCCGUGGCUCCUUGCCACCACCAGAAUGUUCCAGAGGAAGGAUGGAAGGAAGGAAGGAAGGAAGGAUGGAUGGAGGGCACACGGUUCACCCCACGCCUCCCCCGACACCCGGCCUGGCACAUGGGGCACAUCUGCCCCCCAGUACCUGGAUCAGCAGGAAGAGGGGGAUGUUUGGCUGCUCCCCACAAAGUGCUGCCUUUCUCUGCUGCUCCCAAUUUCCCCCUCUGCACCCGCAAAAACUGCUGCUUCGCCCCCAGA